CCACAAUGAUUAUUAACAAAGAUUUGUGUGAAUUGACAACUUCAACUGACCUUUCCAAAACCCCCUCCCCCCAAAAUUAAAUUAGGGUUUCAGAUUUCAUAUAGAUUUCGGAGAAAUUAUUUUCCAAAUUGGGGAGUUUAAUCAGAAGUUUCUUCCAAUCUUUGACGAAAAUGUUCAAUGCAUUCAUCGGAAUGGCUGGAAUUGCUAUGGUGAUCUAUAGUUUAUGGAUGAUUCGAGUUUGGAAUAAGCAUACGAGUCGAUAUCCAUUCGACGAUUCGGACUAUCCAGUUCCUUGGUUUGAUCACUCUCGCAAUCUCUACCGGAUAUAUUUUUCUGAAUUUUUCGCAAUUUAUAACACAUGUGCUCAUACCAUUACAUUGUCAUGGUUCAUCUAUACCUUUCUAGGGCUCGGUCUUACCUUUUGUGUGAUUACAUGCUCGGGUUAUAUUGCUGCAGAGACUAUGAAUGGGUGCUGUUUAUAUCUAUACAUAAUGUGUAUGUUCUUACUACUUGUGCUGGAAGGUGUUAUAACAACAGAUGUGUUCCUGAAUCGUAACUGGGAGCAGGACUUCCCAAAAGAUGCAACCGGAAAUUUGCACGAGUUGAAAGUUUUUAUAGGCCAAAAUUUUGAUUUCUGCAAAUAGAUUGGCCUGUCAAUUCUUGUAGCACAGGGACUGUCAUUUCUGUUGGCUAUGGUGCUGAAAACUCUGGGCCCGCAUACGGAUAGAUACUAUGACAGUGAUGAGGAGUCUUAUGCCGCUUCUAGGCGUCCUCUUUUGAGAAACUCUGCUGAUCCGCCUCAUAUUGUUGUUGACCCUCGCUAUGUGCCUAAGAAGUGACCCAAAACUUGUGUUUAAUCAUGUGGCAAGUCAAAUCACUUUAAGCGUGAUGGACAAUGCUCUUUAACUUUGAUAUUGAAUGAUUGAAUUUCACGAUCAAGAUUUUGUAAGAGUGUCUGCUUGUCUGCUUUGGAUGUUUCAUAUCUCGUUUAUAAAGAACGACGAAUGGUUCAUGGAGUACAUUUUGAAUAUGUGCCUAGUGAAUGUAAAUUAAUGUAUAUUUAUUCAUCCCAGGUCAUCAUUGUAGUUUUAUGAAAGUUGCAUGUAAAUUUUGCUGUUCUCCCUUUCUAAUAUGAUUGUCAAAAUAUCCUAAGAUUUCGACAUUCCAUACAUAUGCUGAAAGUAUAAGAGAGGAUCAGCUAACACUGUACAGUAUUGCCUUAUGGCAACGGAUUGUAACACAAAAGAUGUGAAAGCAAGUAUAAUUUUGGUUAGCAGUGAGCU